CCUCAAUCCUUUACCCCCUUUUGUUUCUCCUUGUUCAUUUUGCCCUCCUCUUCUCCCGCCAGCGCAGUCAAGAGUCCACGCUGUUCAUCUCAACUACUUGCUUGGUUUCCCACACAAAGAUGCGCCACAAACAUUCGACCGGGCCCAAGGAGCCCGAGACUUCUACUGAGAAAACAGAUGUCGACCUCGAAGCGGGUCCUCCAGCGAUCACCAACAGAGAUCCAGAUCUGGUUACUUGGGACGGGCCAAAUGACCCAGAGAACCCCAAGAACUGGCCUGAUGGUGUAAGGUGGAAGAACACUUGGGCAGUCUCACUCUUCGUCUUCAUCUCACCCAUCUCGUCGUCGAUGAUUGCUCCCGCCAUGGAGAGUCUCGCAGAGUCCUUAGGUAUGCGUACUCAAAUCGAGACGUACCUAUCCCUGAGUAUCUUCAUUCUCGCCUACGCCAUCGGUCCCAUCUUCUUCGGUCCUGCAUCAGAGCUCUACGGUCGUGUAAACUUGCUUGUGUUCAGUAACAUCUGGUAUAUGGGUUGGAACGUUGGAUGUGGUUUCGCCGGGACGAAGGCUCAGCUUUUCGCAUUUCGUUUCCUCGCUGGUAUCGGUGGUAGCGCGCCGCUAGCUAUUGGGGGAGGAGCCAUCAGCGACAUGUGGACUGCCGAAGAACGCGGCAAGGCCAUGGGUAUCUACACUUUGGGACCACUUCUUGGUCCCGUUAUCGGACCCAUCGCUGGGGGGUUCAUUGCUCAAUAUUCGACAUGGCGCUGGGUAUUCUGGUCCACGUCUAUCGCGGCUCUCGCAGUGCAGGGUGUUGGACUAUACGGGCUAAAGGAGUGCCACCCUGGCACAAUUCUACGGAAGCGACGAGACCGUCUCGUCAUGGAAACGGGCAACACAAAUCUCCAUACUGAGGAACCCGAUGAAACAGUUGGUCGCAAGCUUCUUCAUGCCUUUCAGCGGCCGGUGCUGCUAUUUACGACACAGCCCAUAGUCUUCUGCAUGGCUAUCUACAUGGCCUACCUUUUCGGAGUCACGUAUCUGAUGUUUGCGACAUUCCCCAUGAUCUGGACCGAGGUCUACCACGAGAGUCCCGGGAUUGGCGGCCUCAACUAUCUCUCGAUUGCCAUCGGAUCAUUCAUCGGCCUUUUCGUCAACCUAAAACUUGUCGACCGCAUCUACAAAACUCUCAAAUCACGGAACAACGAUGUCGGUAGGCCCGAAUUCCGCAUGCCGUCGUUGCUAGUUGGUUCCUUGAUCUCCACAAUCGGACUCUUCUGGUACGGCUGGAGCAUCGGCAACACGCACUGGAUCAUGCCCAAUAUUGGCGCGGCGAUAUUCUGCAUGGGCACCAUUUCCUGUUUGCAGGGAAUGCAGACGUAUAUUGUCGACAGCUACCAAACCUAUGCUGCCAGCGCCAUGGCCGCUUCAGCUGUUCUUCGCAGUUUGUGUGGCUUUGGAUUCCCACUCUUUGCUCCUUACAUGUACCAGGCUCUGGGGUAUGGAUGGGGAACCAGUGUGUUAGCAUUCAUUACCAUGGUUAUUGGGUGGGCGUCACCGUUCGCGUUCUGGUAUUUCGGUCCCAAGCUCCGUGCUAUUUCCGGAUAUGCUGCUGGCUAA